AUGGAGUCCCAACCCCUCAUCAGUGCCGAGGCCAAGCCCUACGUCCCGCUCGCGACGUGCAUAUGCCCUCCUCCGGUGGCCCAGCUUCCAUCGCCGGGCUUCUUCCCGCAGCCGGUGCCGUACCCGUACCAGUCUCCGCCACCGCAGGCGGGGUUCCUGGGCGUCUCACCGGGCUGCUGGGGCAUCCCGCUGGGCCCCGGCGGCGUGGUGAUACAGGGCGCGUUCCCUCACCCUGCCUGGGCGCCGCCCAUGCCGCCGCCGCACGGAGCUAUUGCCACGCCGGCGGAGACGCCCUGCGCGAUGGCGAGGGCUACGUCGCAGGGCGGCGGCAAGCAGCAGCCUUUGCGCUCCGUGCACACCGGGCGUGUUCCAUGUACCCGGGCGCCGCCGCCGCCGCGGUUGCAUCGACCGGCGGCGGGGCGUCCGGGACCUCGCGCAGCCUCCCGCGGCUCGAAGGCCGGUGGGGCCGGAGUCCACGGGGCCGCCAAGGAGGAUCCAGCGCCCCGCGGCGGCAAGGCCCCGGGGGCCGGAGAGGAGGCGGCGGCCAACGAGCCGUCCCCGCGGUCGGUGCUCGUUACCACGAGCCCGCCGAUCUCGCCGACGACGCCCGUCCUUCCGUCGUCGUUCCCGCUGCCAUGCCUGCCUCCGGCGACCGCGGCCCUAACCGCACCAACGGAGCCGCCUCCCCACCGCGCCGAGCACGGUACAGGUACCAUGCCGCCCUGCCCACCGAAGACGAGGCGGCGGCGCGGGCCUCCUCGUGCGCAGCCGCCUCCCGGAGGCGAAGCGCGGCGCGGCGCCAUGAAGCCUCGGUUAUUGUUCGACCCAGCUUCCAAGCGCACCACUCUAAUGAUCCGCCACUUGCCCAACAAUUUUACGAGGAUGCGGCUGAUGGCCAUCAUCGACGAGCACUGCUUUAUCGAGAACGAGAAGGUCGCGCCUGGCGGGGUGAGGUCGGAGUACGACUUCCUCUACGUGCCAAUCGAUUUCCGGACCCUGGCCAACAAGGGCUACGCGUUCGUGAACAUGACAUCGCCGGGCGCGGCGCGCCGGCUCUGGGAGCACCUCCACGGCCACCGCUGGGAGGUCAGGCGCCGCCGCAAGACCUGCGCCGUCGACUACGGAGCCGUGCAGGGGCUUGACAGGUUGCUGGAUCAUUUCUCCGGGUCGUCCUUCGAGUGCGACAGCGAGGAGCUCCUGCCCGUGCGGUUCGAGCCUCCGCGUGACGGCACCCGCCCGGCUCUGGGCGCGGCGCAUGUCGUCGGCGUCCUGCGCCGCCGGUCGUGAUGGCCAGUGCCGUCGACUCGGCGCGUUGCAACCCCGGCCGCUCCGCUCUCCUCUUAUCUUGCGUUCUAUCCGUUCAUGGGAGAUUGGGCAGGAAUGGAUAGAACGGGAGAUACGAUACGAUUCGCCCGGCCGGUUGGAUCAUCAGUACUAUGUUUCAGCCGU